GGCUCAGUCGUAAUGAAUGUAUCUUACAUAGAGGGAUCAAGUCCAGAACGUCCAUUUUUGCGGCCACCCAAUACAACUGCAAAGGAACUCAUGGAGAUACAUAGAAAUUACCGCCGAGGACUGAAUCAAGAGGUAAGUGAGAAAAAAAUGUUCUCAGUCAAUACUGAGUGUCCCAAAAAAUGUGCCUACUGUUUAAUUGUUAAUAACUCUCUAAUCAGGAGAUCUUUCGAGGAUUUACAGAAUUUGGAGCAUCCAGACCCAUCAAAACGCCCACGAUAUCUACCGCUGGCCCCACCCUAUCAUCUUCUUCCAAACACGUCAUUCUUUCGCAAAGCUAGCAUCAAGCCACCACCAACAUACUCCACCCACGCUAGCAUCUUGGUAUGCAAGUACAAAUCAGUAGAUCAAAUGAGACUGGAAGAAGAACUGAAAUUGCAUCAAUUUCGAUAUAAACGCAGCAGUUUCACGGGCCUUAAUAAAUCUGGCCUUUAUUAA